AUGACUCAUCCGCAACGGAGCAACCGUGACAAUGCUGAGCUCGUAGAAGCCGUUCUGGCUCAGCUGUCACAACCGGUUGUUGAAUCUGCUACCCAAGCCGAGCAGACAGGUUUCGCUGCUCUCGCUGCGCAGCGGCAGAUACGAGAACACGCAGCAGCUGCGCGAUCCAUCGAGGACUCGGAAGGUUCCGAAGAUGAUCUCAGCUCGAUCCUCUCCGCACUCACGGCGUUGACACGCUUAUGUGAUCUCAAAUUCGUUACUUUCAGCUACAGCAGCAUUCCACCCGUCUGGAGAGCUGUCUACAUCGAUGCGCAGCUCAUCAAGGCAUGCUGCGCACUCAAGGACCACGUCGGGACCCAUUCCGAGCAUGCAGCCUUGCUUAAGAGACGCGUGCGUGACUUGGACUUGGCUCUGAUCACGGCUGGCGCCGCUUCCACAAGCAGAGCAAAGCACUGUUACGAUCUCAUCCUUGCGCUGCAGGCCAAGCUACUCGAGAUGGAGCCGUAUGAUUCAUCGCAGCCGUCACAGCGCUCCGAGGAUCAUGUACCGCCACAGAAGCGUAUCAAAACAGCGCAGCGCCAGGCGACAAGGCCGCAGCCCUCUCCAUCGACUCAGGCCGAUUCGCUCAUUCGCGAGUUUGCAUUCGAAGAGGCGCCAUCCUUCACGGACCUAGCAGAGCAGAAUGCGUCUGUCUGUCUCGGACCGUUCAUCGUCAGGAAGUACGCCCAGAACAUCGGCUGGUCAGCGCUCAAGACGGGCACUGAUGAGUCUGUGCCCGGCUCGUGGUCCUCGAUGGAGUAUCUCCUUCAAGUCGCAGGUCCAGCUAGAAUUGUACCCGUCGAGGUCGGAGCCAACUACACGCGCAAAGAAUGGGGCCAAGACAUCAUGCUCUGGAGCGACUUUCUUCGUCACUGUCGCUGGGACGAAUCUGACGAGCUCGAUAAUGACGGGGCUGACCAUAGUGACGAAGAGCUUCGGUCGGACCCACUGCUGCUUUACAUGGCACAGCAUGAUCUCUCAAGUCAAUUCCCACGUCUCGAGCAGGAUUACACCCUUCCCGACUACGUCUACACAUCGCCGCCUGCUCCCAAGGACUGGCCAGAUUACGAGCCUCCUUCGACGGCUGCAGCAGUCGUGACCAACCUUUGGAUCGGCCCAGCGGGUACUGUGUCUCCCCCGCAUUUCGAUCCUUACUACAACUGCUUUGUGCAGGCAGUGGGAUUCAAAGAGGUCUGGGUUGCACCUCCGCAAUGCCGUCCGUGCCAGACGACAAUCUCUGUUGAUCAUCCAACUCCUGCGAAUCAUCAGGCACAUGCGGCUGCAAUUGGAGAGUUCAGCCAGACAGCAGUGUCCAUCGCAGGUUCUCUGAUGACCAACACAGCAAGCGUUGAUGUCUUCGAUACGCUUCAUCGGGCGCCACAACACGUCAGGAGUGCGGCAAGCAAAGCGGUUCUGGGUCCAGGCGAUCUCCUCUACAUGCCGCCAGGCUGGUGGCAUUCUUUGCGCAGCUUGGCACGGAGCUUUUCCGUCUCGAUUUGGUUCUAG